AUGACAGCUGUCUCUGCCAUAUUCGAUCCGGCCAUGCCGGAUGAAACGAGCAUUAGCCUCUUCUCCAGCACCUCCACGGCACAGCUUUCCGUUGCCCUGAAGAACGGCACUGAUGGCCCCGAUCCAGACGUGAAAGCUUUCGGGCCCAGUGAGAGUGAUUACGGAGGCGUUAUCGCACAGCAGUCACAGUUAGCCUCGGGUUCGUUUCGUGGUUUCCGCGUUGUUGUUGCGGCCACCGUGCCGAGAGCCGAAGGUCGCCCAACCACUAACCAGAUCUCCAUCGUUUCCCCUGUAUACCAGGGGCUUGCUUCCAAUACGUUAGAAAACAAGAAGAUAGCAGUCUCCAACUCUGACACAUCCGCCUGGAUAUACUUUUUAGAGUGA